GUGGGCUGCGCAGAACACGCUGCGCAUUGGUCAACCUUUGAAGGGCAACUUCCUGAAAUGGUCGCGCCUCUCGAGAGCACCUCUUUUAUGCCACUGCUGGAGCGGGUGAAUGUUAAGCGUGAAGAACUGGACAACUGAAGAAAGCAAUCUUCUACCUGCUUUCAUCAUGUCGGACCUCAGAGAAGAUUCCGGUCUCGACACCAAUUCCUUUGUUGACUUCUCCCUCAUGAACAACCGUCUUGACUCAUUCAAUGGCUCCAGUUUGGCUGAGCAGGUGCCCGCAGAGCGACUGGCCCGGGCCGGCUUCUACCUUACCGGUCCAGCCGAUCGCGUCCGCUGUUUCAGUUGUAAGACGACUGUGGAGAACUGGUGCAGGGGAGAUACGCCUGUAGAAAGACACAAGGAGGUUUCCCCAUUGUGCAAGUUCCUCAGCUGCACCCAUCGCACCAAUCUCCAGAACAAUUCACAUCUGACCGGCUCCAGAUACAAUGAAGAAGCUGAAGACAUGGAAUAUCGUUUGAGAACAGGAGAGGUGGUUGACGAGACCACCUAUCCGAUGGUCCCUCACAUGAGGAGGGAGGAGGCCAGACGUCAGACUUUCUCCUCUUGGCCAUCCACUGCUCCUGUGACACCUCGAGAUCUGGCCCAAGCUGGCCUCUACUACUUGGGCCAGGGUGACCGGGUCCAGUGUUUUUGCUGCGGUGGCAUGCUCGGUGGCUGGGAAGCAGGAGACACGGCCUGGGGUGAACAUAGCAAGCAUUUUCCCUACUGCUUCUUCAUCCUUGGCCACGAUGUGGGCAACGUCCCCUCCGAGAGAGGACCGGGAGAGGAGAAUCGUAACAGUCCACAUCAAGUGAACACUUUCACCCCUAUGGGGAGUUUUGAAGAGAGGCUGCAGAGUUUUGCAGGGAUCCAGCACCCAGUAGAUCACGCCCAACUUGCAAGGGCUGGCUUCUACAGCACAGGCACAGGAGACAUGGUGAUGUGUUUUCGUUGUGGUGGAGGAUUAAAAGGCUGGCAGCCUGAUGAAGAACCAUGGGUAGAGCACGCCAAGAGUUACCCCGGAUGCAGUUUCUUGUUAGCAGAAAAAGGCCAAGAAUUUAUCAACACCAUCCAGCUGCAAGACCCUCAGCGAAACAAAGCUACCUCAAGUCAUCAGAAUGGAUUUACAGGAUGCAGAAAUGAUGAGGACCCUUUGGAGACACUGCGGAAACUGCAGAGGGAGAAACAGUGCAAAGUGUGUAUGGACAGAGAUACAUGCGUUGUAUUCAUCCCUUGUGGUCAUCUGGCCACCUGUGAGGCGUGUUCCCAGACACUACUUAAGUGUCCAAUUUGUUGUGGGCCCAUCACACAGAAGGUCAAGACCUACAUUGCUUAAACAAAAUGGAUUUUUGGCAAUCAACCAUCAAUGCUGCUGUCUCGUAAUCCAUUGCAUUUUAACAAGUGUAAUACUGCAAAAGCCUGUUUGUAUCAGAAAGAGACUGUUGAAAAGCUCAUCAACACUGUGUAUAUAUAGCAUAAAACCAUUUGUUCAUAGGUCAAUAUUUUCUGGAGACACUAAUAUUUUCUCCUAUUUCAUUCCAUAUGUGCCUUUGACACGUUUGCCGUGUGUUUCAUGGAAAGAAUCGCUAUAAAAUGACUUGUGGUAUAUACUGUAUUCAAUGUCACACUUGUUUUAGUUUGACAUUUAUUAAAUACCUUUGACUUCCUAUUCCAUGGUUGUUUUGAAUCGUAAGAAAUCAAUCCAUAAAAACUAUUGUCUGAUCACCUGUGAUGUAAAAACUAUUUGAG